GGCGUCUUUCCAGAACGUUCCGCGGCUUCUUUCGGCGUGUUCGGAGACGCUUGGUUUUGUCUCGGCUGUUUUCUUUGUUUGUCUUGUUUUAAACGUCGCACAACUUGUGAGUGCUCUGCGUUUUGUGCGCGAUGAUCAAGUGCUCUUUCCGUCAUGCCUGACAAAUGCUGUGUGCCUCGGUGUAACGGUAAUUACAAAACGGGGCCCAAAGUGCACGUGUUCGGACUCCCCAAAGAUGAAGCGCUGCGGAGUGCCUGGAUAAACGCCAUCCCCCGAGAAAACCUGAUCGUUUCCCAGAGAACGAAGGUGUGCGAGCGUCACUUCUCCGACGACGACGUUCUUCGGGAGGUGUCUCACGUCGACGAAGUUACCGGGAGGACGGUGACUGCGCCGCUGUCUAGGGUGCGCCUUCGCCCAGGCGCAGUUCCAUCGAAGUUCCCUGGCUGUCCAGAUUAUUUGUCGAAGCACCAUGCGAGAAGAGAAGACCCGGACAGCAAGCGAUUGCGUCAAGAGGCUUCUGCAAUGGAAAGAGCGCUUGCAGAGUCGAUCGAUUCAUUUCGCAAUGAGGAAGAAGCGGACCGAAUACUCAGCAUAAAGGACUUGUCCGACCACUUGAAAAACGUAAAAUCGGCAUUCUGGCAUGUUAUUGAGGGCAAUGGACACCUCACUCUGGUGCACAUUGUUGAGACUGAGGCCCCUUGGAUAAAAUACUCGAUCGUCGUGAAGCCUGACCUUACACUAACUCUACAUUUUGCGAAGACUCAGGUCACAAGGUUGGGCUCCAACUUGCUCAUACCAAGAAUCGCAAACAGCAAGAGGGGAGUUGUAGAACUACUCGAAAGUGUCGAAAAUUGGGACAACGAUCUUGAGUCAAGCUCUGAAAGCUCGCACAACGAUAUCUGUGCCACGAUUCGUUUUCUGCUUGACAAGCUGCCCGCAACGCAAAGCGAAGAUCAAGCAGCGGUCAUCCAACUGCUCGCCGAGCAACUGAAGCUGAUUUCUUCCAAGAAAGAGCGAAGGCGUUAUUCAGUGGAUUUUAUGGUGUUUGCAUGCAUUCUUUUCACAAUAUCGCCUCAUGCAUACCAGUACAUCCGUAGCUCUGGAAGCAUUGUUCUGCCACACCCUAGGACAAUCCGAUCGAUAUGCUCCUCGUUUGGAAUGAGCCCUCAAAACGAGCAGCAAAGUUCAAGUUUUCUCAGCUACAUGGCAAAGAGGAUCUCUGACUUGAACGAUGACCAACGCUAUGUGACCUUGAUGGUGGACGAGGUCCACAUCAAACCGUUUUUUGAUUAUAAAGGAGGUAGCAUUGUCGGUGUCGCACUUAAUUCCACAGCGGGUGGACUUCUUAACGAUGAGCAACCAACGCCAGCUGGUCACGGAGCUCACACUGGACUUGCUAGUCGACGAGGAUUGCGACUUCGAUGUGUGUGAAGAAGGACACACGAGUGAGGUCGUGCUGAAACAUCUGUUGUGGUGCUCUACAAACAUUCUACUAAAAAACUUUUGCCGCAAGCUCAACGACAAAGUUGUCGAAACGAACAACAAAUCUAAGAAACGAAAACUGGCCACGUUAACAAAAAAAUGAUGUGGAUAUUCUAGCAUGCACAGUGACAACCGUUUUGUUCGAGAUUUCUAACGCGCGAGUCAAUAAACACGCGUUUGUGCCGAAAAACUGGAGUAAUUGCUACCCUUGAGCGCUGCUCCGCGGCGCGCUUCGGCUUCGCCUAGGCCGACUAGCGUGACGUCACGCGCGGA